UUUUGAACAUUAUUACCAUCCAUAUGAUAAGGAAAACUGCGUUGUUGCCAAAACCUUUGAGAACUUUAUUACUAAGCCUGGCUGCCUCCGAUGUUGGCGCUGGUUUGUUGGUUCAACCUUUCUACAUAUAUACUUUGGUCAGCCGGUUAAAACAGAAACGUAUCGACUGCAUUUCCUACAAGGGAUUGUUGGCCGCAAUCACUUUCUUUUGUACAUCCUCGCUCUUAAAUAUAGUAACUAUAAGUGUGGACAGGUUCUUAGCCGUUCAUCUUCAUCUCAGAUAUCAAGAGCUUGUGACUCACAAGCGCGUCAUUGCAGCGGUGAUAUUAAUAUGGCUGUUUAGCGCAGUCAUUUCUUCUAGUGUCUUUUGGGAUCCAUUGCUUAUCAGCUCAGAAGUCAUUGGGGUCGUGAUUAUGACUGUUUCCUUCAUUCUGGUAGUAAUUGUGUACUGGAGGAUUUAUAGAGUCUUAAAGCGACACAAAAUCCAGAUUGAAAGCCUUCAAAUCCAAGAAGUACAACAGGGAGUUCAAAAUGGCGACUUACCAAACUUUUUGAAGCUUCGAAAGUCAGCUCUUGGAACACUUUUUAUGGGACCCAUUCGUCGCACACUCAUAGACAUAAUGCGAGGCAUCGUCAAUCGGUUCAGAGAAUAGCAUUGGCUGGGUUCGUUUCUGAUGCCAAUUCACAAUGCAUGGAAUAAGAACUUCGAUCAUGGUAAAAUCAAACUUGAUUUGUCAAAAGUACUUAAGGAAAACUGAGGGAGGACGAACUUUAAAUAACGGUUAGGAAAAUUACACA